CUCCUCUCCGCGCCGCCCCGGCCGCCGCCGCGCCGGGCACGGGCGGGGGGAUUUUUUCCCUGUUCCCCCCUCUUUCGCGCUCUCGCUCCUGUUCAGCGGGAGAGCCCGCAGAGCCAGAGAGGGAGCGAGGGAAGGGGUGGAGGUGGCGGGGGGAGGGGGGGAGGCCGGAGGGGCGGAUCCUGCCUGGGGGCUGAUCCCUCCCUCCCCUCGGCCGGGCUCCGUGGCAGCAGCGGCGGCGGCGGCGGCUCCAUUCCCCCUCCUCCCCCGGGAGCGGCGGCGGCGGCCGGGCCGGGGCCCCAGCGCGGGCCGGGAGGGGGCACGGCAGUGGCCGCAGAGGCCAGCGCGGGAGGAGGCCGCGCUCCGCUCCCCGGGCCGCGCCGACCUGCUAGACGGCCGGCCCACCCGCGCCCAGGGGCCCCGAACGGUGGGGCCGGGCCGGCGGCUGAGGCCUGUCUCACUGGUUCCCAGGUGCCAUGAGGAAGCCUCGCCGGAAGUCGCGGCAGAAUGCCGAGGGCCGGCGUUCCCCAUCCCCCUAUAGUCUGAAGUGCUCACCCACCCGGGAGACCCUGACAUAUGCUCAGGCCCAGCGGAUUGUUGAGGUGGACAUCGAUGGACGUCUGCAUCGUAUUAGCAUCUAUGACCCUCUCAAGAUCAUCACAGAGGAUGAAUUGACCGCCCAGGAUAUCACUGAAUGCAAUAGUAACAAGGAAAACAGUGAGCAGCCUCAGUUCCCUGGCAAGUCCAAAAAACCCUCAUCCAAGGGCAAGAAGAAGGAAUCCUGCUCCAAGCAUGCAUCUGGCACUUCCUUCCACCUCCCGCAAGCCAGCUUCCGCAUGGUGGACUCAGGCAGUCAGCCAGAAGCACCGCCGCUGCCUGCUGCCUACUACCGCUACAUUGAGAAGCCGCCUGAAGACCUGGAUGCAGAAGUAGAGUAUGACAUGGAUGAGGAGGAUCUUGCCUGGCUGGAUAUGGUAAAUGAGAAGCGGCGAGUAGAUGGGCACAGUUUAGUGUCAGCAGACACCUUUGAGCUACUGGUGGACCGGCUUGAGAAGGAGUCAUACUUGGAGAGUCGCAGCAGUGGGGCCCAGCAGUCACUCAUUGACGAAGAUGCUUUCUGCUGCGUGUGCCUGGAUGACGAAUGCCACAACAGCAACGUCAUUCUCUUCUGUGACAUCUGCAACCUGGCUGUACACCAGGAGUGCUAUGGCGUCCCUUACAUCCCCGAGGGCCAGUGGCUAUGCCGCUGCUGCCUACAGUCUCCGUCCCGGCCUGUGGAUUGCGUCCUCUGCCCCAACAAGGGUGGCGCCUUCAAACAGACCAGCGAUGGGCACUGGGCCCACGUGGUGUGUGCCAUCUGGAUCCCUGAAGUCUGCUUUGCUAACACCGUGUUCCUGGAGCCCAUUGAGGGCAUCGACAACAUCCCACCUGCUCGCUGGAAACUAACCUGCUAUAUCUGCAAGCAGAAGGGGCUGGGUGCAGCCAUCCAGUGCCAUAAGGUGAACUGCUACACGGCCUUCCAUGUGACUUGUGCACAGCGGGCUGGGCUCUUCAUGAAGAUUGAGCCUAUGCGUGAGACCAGCCUCAAUGGCACCAUCUUCACAGUGCGCAAGACCGCCUACUGUGAGGCCCAUUCGCCACCAGGUGCUGCCACUGCUAGGAGGAAGGGUGACUCCCCUGGAAGCCUCAGUGAGGCUGGGGACGAGGAAGGGCUGAAGGAGGGCUGUGGGGAGGAGGAAGAGAAGGAAGAGGUAGAAGAGGAGGAGGAAGAUGAAGGCCAAGGUGGGGUAGGCGGCCCCCUCAAGGGAGUGUCCAAGAAGAACAAGAUGACUUUGAAGCAAAGGAUCAAGAAGGAGCCAGAGGAAGUGGGGCGAGACACGCCCUCCACCGUCCCCUUGGUCGCUGUCCCACAGAUACCCUCUUACAGGUUGAACAAGAUCUGUAGUGGUCUCUCCUUUCAGAGGAAAAAUCAGUUCAUGCAGCGGCUUCACAACUACUGGCUGUUGAAGCGGCAGGCCCGGAACGGUGUCCCCCUCAUCCGGCGCCUGCACUCCCACCUGCAAUCCCAAAGGAAUGCUGAGCAGCGGGAGCAGGAUGAGAAGACAAGUGCAGUGAAAGAAGAGCUGAAAUACUGGCAGAAGCUCCGGCACGACUUGGAGCGGGCGCGGCUGCUAAUUGAGCUGAUUCGGAAAAGAGAAAAGCUCAAGCGGGAGCAGGUCAAGGUUCAGCAGGCCACCAUGGAGCUGGAGCUGAUGCCAUUCAACGUUCUUCUGAGGACAACACUGGACUUGCUGCAGGAGAAGGAUCCCGCACACAUCUUCGCCGAGCCCGUCAACCUGAGUGAGGUUCCAGAUUACCUGGAAUUCAUAUCCAAGCCAAUGGAUUUUUCUACCAUGAGGCGGAAGCUGGAGUCCCACCUGUACCGCACCUUGGAGGAGUUUGAGGAGGACUUUAACCUUAUAGUUACCAACUGCAUGAAGUAUAAUGCUAAAGACACAAUUUUCCACCGAGCAGCUGUCCGCCUGCGGGACCUGGGAGGGGCCAUCCUGCGGCACGCCCGUCGGCAGGCAGAGAACAUCGGCUAUGACCCCGAGAGGGGCACCCACCUGCCCGAGUCACCCAAAUUGGAGGACUUUUACCGCUUCUCCUGGGAAGACGUGGACAACAUCCUCAUCCCAGAGAACCGGGCCCACUUAUCCCCAGAGGUGCAGCUGAAGGAGCUGCUGGAGAAACUGGACCUGGUGAGUGCCAUGCGGUCCAGUGGGGCCCGGACCCGCCGUGUCCGCCUGCUACGUCGGGAGAUCAAUGCCCUUCGGCAGAAGCUGGCGCAGCCGCCACCACUGCAGCUGCCGUCACUGAACAAGACUGUGUCCAAUGGGGAGCUGCCAGCAGGGCCCCAGGGGGAUGUGUCUGUGCUGGAGCAGGCCCCGCAGGAGGAGCCAGAAGACGAGGGGGACAGAGAUGACUCCAAAAUGCCUCCCCCACCAACCCUGGAGCCCACUGGGCCUGCACCUUCCUUGUCUGAGCAAGAAUCCCCUCCGGAUCCCCCCACUCUGAAACCCAUCAAUGAUAGCAAACCUCCAGGCCGAUUCCUAAAGCCCAGAAAAGUGGAAGAAGAUGAGUUUUUGGAAAAAUCACCUCUGCAGCUAGGGAGUGAGCCCUUGCAACGCCUAAGUGACAAUGGCAUCAAUAGAGUGUCCCUCAUGGCCCCUGAUACAUCCCCCACUGGCGCCCCACUCAGUGGUGUGGGCCGCCGCACGUCAGUCCUCUUCAAGAAGGCCAAGAAUGGGGUUAAGCUACAGAGGAGCCCAGACAGGGCCCUGGAGAACGGCGAGGACCAUGGUGCAGUGGGUUCUCCUGCGUCUCCCGCCAGUAUCGAGGAUGAACGGCACUCCCAGAAGCGGCCAAGGAGCAGGAGCUGUAGUGAGAGCGAAGGGGAGAGGUCGCCCCAGCAGGAAGAAGAGACAGGCGUGACCAACGGCUUUGGAAGACACACUGAAAGCGGGUCUGACUCAGAAUGUAGUUUGGGUCUCAGUGGUGGACUGGCAUUUGAAGCUUGCAGUGGUCUGACACCCCCCAAACGCAGCCGAGGGAAGCCAGCCCUGUCUCGAGUGCCCUUCCUUGAGGGUGUGAAUGGAGACUCUGACUACAACGGCUCAGGCAGAAGCCUCCUGAUGCCCUUUGAAGAUCGCGGAGACCUGGAGCCCCUGGAGCUGGUGUGGGCCAAGUGCCGAGGUUAUCCCUCCUACCCCGCCUUGAUCAUCGAUCCCAAGAUGCCCCGGGAGGGCCUUCUGCACAAUGGCGUCCCCAUCCCUGUCCCCCCACUGGAUGUGCUGAAGCUGGGAGAGCAGAAACAGGCCGAGGCUGGAGAGAAGCUCUUCCUUGUCCUCUUCUUUGACAACAAACGCACCUGAUGAGGAAGCUGAGGCUCAGAAAGCCAAGAACGCAUAGCCAGAACUGGGAUACAAACCAAGAUCUGGCUCCAAAGGCUGGGCUCUUAGCCACAUGUUAGAUUCAUCUAGGGAUCUUUUUUUUUUUUAUAAAUUUAUUUAUUUUAUUGGCUGUGUUGGGUCUUUUUUGCUGUGUGCGGGCUUUCUUUUUAGUUGCGGUGAGUGGGGGCUACUCUUCAUGGUGGUGCGUGGCUUCUCUUGUUGCGGAGCACGGGCUCUAGGUGCGUGGGCUUCAGUAGUUGCAGCACAUGGGCUCAAUAGUUGUGGCUCACAGGCUCUAAAGCGCAGGCUCAGUAGUUGUGGCGCACAGGCUUAGUUGCUCCGCGGCAUGUGGGAUCUUCCUGGAGCAGGGAUUGAACCCGUGUCCCCUGCAUUUGCAGGCAGAUUCUCAACCACUGUGCCACCUAGGAAGCCCCAGGGAUCUUUUAAAAAAUACCAGGGUGCAGGCCCUACCAGAGAUCAUUUCAUCAGUUCUUGGCAUCAGCUCCAUUUCCUAGCCAUAGCCCUGACUCCCCAAGGCAGGGAGAGGCCCAGAGCCUUCCAGAUGGCUCAGCUAGUCUCCCUGGGGACACAUGGGCUUCCCUCUGGCAACCUUCUAAGCCGAGUGAGUGUCUUGGGGCCCAGGUAAGGGCCUGGCUGCAAAAUAAGCCCCUUGAUGGCCUCCCGCCUGUGGCGUCCCAGUCUGACUCCCUCUGCCCUGCCCCCUCCUCCUGGCUUUGCAGGUUUUGGACAAGUGGGUCCAGAAGAGCCUCCUUUGGGACCCACCAUGGUCCAGGCCUCUUACUGUG